CGGCGUGGAUCAAAACCGCCUGGGUGCCUUGGCAUCAUUCAACCGCCGCCGAGCUCCAUCCGCAACAAACUCGAGCGGCCCCGCCUCAAGUCUCCGUCAGCGGACCCGGUCGUGCAGAUCGUAGGGAACUUCGCCCCCAUCGGUGAGCAGUCACCAACUUCAUCUCCAACGACUCCGGCGAAGACAGGCGACACCAGAGCGCGAGUCACAGAGAUCACCAUCAUCACCGUGUCCGACAGCAGGGUCUCAUGCCUCGUGUUUGGGACCAGAAAGGCAUCGUUCCUCUUGGAGGUGCCGCUCGGCGUCGCUGUCUCGCUCUUUGACAAGGGCCAUAGCGGGGGUCACACCGUUGAUAUCUGUGUCGUGAUCCUGGAGCGCCUGAAUCCUGUCGUACACACCCGCUAG